ACAGUAAACACUAAACAAUAGAUCUAACUGUCCACUUGUUCAUCAUCAUUGUCAUCACAGUCACUUCUUGGCUAAUGCUGAGAGCGCACAUUUUUACCUGCUGUGUUCUUCUCCUCUGGACUCUGGACGUCUUGGGUUAAAAGUUUUGUUUGGCUGACAAGAAAGAAACUGUUUUAUUGUUCUUCAUAGAUCUAUUUGCUAGUGUAAGAUGAGAAAAGAAACCGAUUCAGAGGACGAUAUUUGGGAUUACAAAUCGUCAUCAUCGACGAGUGGAAGACGAGGAAAACCUCCACCAGUCCCAGUCCCAAAAAAUCAGCCUAAAGGACAAGGAAAAAAGCGAAAUGAAAGUUCAGAGCUAAGAAAUGCUGUGAAAUGUAAAGUGCCAUCUGAAAUAGAAGUCAUUGAUGUGGAUUCUGACUUUGUGGAAGGACAGCGAGUUAUAUCAAAGUCAACAACAGACAGUUGUCAGAAAAAGGGCAAUUCUGGACCACAGAGCAGGAAUAAAAAACUUCUAGAUUGGAAAUCAAAGAAAACCUCACCUGACAAAAAAAGAACUCCGCAGUCAAAGAAGAAAUUAUCGAUUUCCCCUCAGAAAGAAAAAGAUAGCUGCCACGGUAAUACUCAUGGUAACAUUCAAAAUUUUUUUAGCCAGAAGAGUGUAAAAAGGCCAUUGAAGAGAAAAAGUUCUGAGUCUGAGGAAAUUUUCAUUUGCUCUUCAUCAGAUGAAAAUGGAGAGGUAUCUGAUAAGACUAUGUGUACAUCAGACCAAGCACCCACAAAGAAAUUGAAUAUGCUUGCUGACAAAGAUUAUGAAUCAUUCCAGAAAAGUGAAGAUGUGUCUGAAAGUGUUGAAAAGUCAUCUGAAGUGGUUAAGCCAACGAGUUGUACUGUGAAUGAUGAGCGAACUGACCAAGUUGAAGAUAUAAACAUUGCUGAAAGUGGCGCUGAAGAUGAUGAGGGUGAAUUGCCUAAAGUGGCCUUUUCCAGCAGUGAUGCUUCCCUUGAAGAAGGAAUGAACAAAGUCAAAGUUGUUGAUGUUGUUAUUCAAAGUAACGAUGACGAGGAAGACGUCUUUAGUGACUCUGAAGACGAUAUGAAUUUGAUAGAGCUUUGUCAAGAAGGAACAUUUAACAGUGAUGCCCAGUUCUCAGCUAAGAAGCAGGAGAAGGGCACGCCUGAUGGAGAGGAAUGCUUUCCUGUAAGGGUAUCUAGGUCCAGCAGCAUCUUUCAUGAGGAGCUGGCUGAAACUAGUGGUAAUGUGAAAGGUGGUGGUUUUGUUGACUGUGAAGAUUUUAAAUGUGCAGAUGACCAAAGUACAGAUAGUUCCAGUGCAUGCAAUGGCCAAACUGAUGAAUCAAGGUCAAAUUCCCUGUCAUCGGGUUCCAGUGGGCUCCAAAGUAGAUCUCAAAGCAUCGAAAGUGAUGGGAACUUAUCAUCUUUGGUACCAGUUGCCAGAAAGCAAACAUCCCUUUUUUCAUUCUUCAAACCAAAAUUUUCAUCAUCAGUUGCCAAAACCAAGGAAGGAGGAGAGUCCAGUCAAAGUGGGACUAACAACCACAAGCCUGGUUUUGCAUUCUUGGACGUGAAAUCAAGACCUGAUUUACGUAAGGAGAAAACCUUUCCUUCUGGUGCUAGAUCUGUGAGGACAAGUAAAGAUGAUGAGAGACCUGAUUUCAAGAAGUCUUACUCAGGUGCAACAGGCCAAGGAGCGGACAACAAUGGUGGCACUGAAGGAAAAGGUGUCAAGGGCAGAAAAUGUCCAUUUUAUAAGAAAAUUCCAGGGACAGCAAUUACUGUUGAUGCCUUCCGCUAUGGAGUGAUACCAGACUGCCAAGCAUAUGUGCUGACUCAUUUUCAUUAUGACCAUUAUGGUGGACUGACAAAGAAAUUUGCACAACCAAUUUUCUGCAGCCCAAUAACAGCUAAUUUGGUUGAGAGUCGUCUAGGUGUGGACUCAAAGUGGAUUAACCGUCUUCCCAUGUGGCAACCAUGCCAAGUUGCAGGUGUUACCUUGACGCUGAUGGAAGCCAAUCACUGCCCUGGUGCUGUGAUAAUACUGUUUGAAUUGAAAAAUGGCACGAAAAUUCUACACACUGGAGACUUUAGGGCAAACCCAGAAAUGGAGCAGUACCAGGUGUUGAAAAAUGCUGUGAUCUCUGAACUGUACCUGGAUACCACGUACUGCAACCCGUCAUACGCCUUCCCACCUCAGGUAGAUGUGAUAGAUUUUGUGGUCUCACUGGUAGCAAAACAUAUGAAGGCCAACCCUCAAACAUUAAUUGUCUGUGGAGCUUACACUAUUGGAAAGGAGAGAAUUUUCACAGCUAUUGCCAAGGAGCUAGAUUCAAAGAUCUGCGUCAUGAGUGACAAGAAGAAGGUUCUGGAUUGUCUAGAAGAUCCUGAGCUGAAGUCAAGGGUCACAUUAGACUGGGCUCAAGGACAAGUGCAUGUUCUGCCGAUGGGGAAACUAAACCAGAAGGGUUUAUUUGAUCACCUGGCUCGGCACCACAAGUUCAAGUCUAUACUUGCAUUUCAACCAACGGGAUGGACACACACUGACAAAACUAUCUCACUCAAAGACCUCAGGCCAAAGUGGAGUUCCAAUGGUGUAACGUUGUACGGAGUCCCUUACAGUGAACACAGUAGUUUUUUGGAGCUGAAGAGAUUUGUCCAGUUCACCCGACCACUGAAAAUUUUGCCAACUGUGAAUAACGGGAACCCUAGCUCCAGGCAAAAGAUGGAAGCCAUUUUCAAGCAAUGGAUGUCAGAAAAGAGUGAUGACUCCUCUAGGUCACCGAGGUCAUCUCAGCAAAGUAACCUUAGUGCUUGGGUCACAUGAUGUCAAGAAACCAGUCCAUAAUUGUUUUACUUUUAGAUCUCUAAAAGACUUGAAUCUUGUAAGACAUGAUACAAGGACAAAUCUACAGUGUUAUCAAUUUUUGUACUUAACACCUUCUGUAGAUGUGUUUCAUAUGUCUCGAUAAUUCACCACACAGUGCGCUGUAUAUGUAUCUCAUAAAGUAGCUAAAACCCAUGUUUUGUCUUGUUUAUUCCUCAACUACUACCACGUUUUGAAUUGAGAGAGGGACAUUCCUUGAAAGCUCUUCGUUUCUAACUAUUGGGUCAUAUAUACUAUUUUAUGGAGAUACGGGCAUUAUUAUAACCAAUAAAACAAAGUGAGGUUUCUUACACACAUCGUGCAAAACAGGCAGAGCCCACAUGUUGAAUCGGAACACUUGUUCAUUCUCAGUGCUAGUACAGUGGAGUCUGCUUAAACCAAAAUCUGCAGGACCACCGAAUUCACUUUGGUUUAGCGGGGAUUUUAAUCUCAUAAGCAAAGUAAAGGUGCUAGGGUCAAACAAGUUCAACAGUUUAAAUAUCUUGGAUCAUUACAUCUGAUGUCAAAUGUUCUGCGCAAAUAAAUGAAAAAUCACAGUAGCUAAAGACAGCUUCAAUAAAGUGAGUCCAAUCCUGAAAAACAGAAACAUAGUCUACUAAAAUAAGGCUUUGAAAAGGCUAUGUGUGGUCACCCUUUCUAUAUUAAGUCUGUGAAUACUUAACAGUUAUAAAAAUAGUGAAAAUAGAAUAGACACAACAGAAAUGUAGUUUCUUAGAAAACUUUUGAGAAUUUCACUGGAAAAAAAAA